UUCAUUGACCAUCUAUCCCGGAUCGCAACCGUGCUGUGACAGAUGCACCGAGCAUGCAGUACGCGCAGGAUAUUGUAUCUUAUGCACUGACGACAUGAUGGGAUUGUCGUGAGCAUGAUUACCACAGUCUUUCUUUUUUAAUUAACUGAAUUCAGUCGCUAUUCACAAUGUCGUUGAUACGGGUGGAAGAUUUGGUCUCGUACCAGCUUCGAACAAGCUAUCUUAACGAAAUCGCUGACGGUGUUGGCGAGCGCCUUAUCACUAUCAAUGAUACCUUCCUCAACACUGCUCCUUUCAAAGCCGCUGGCUGGCGAUCUAACCCAUCAUACAUCAAACGAACACAUUCGCCCCCGAUACCCACUGCUAUUGCCUCCGAAUAUUUCCAGGCUGCGCCCAGAUCUACCGGCUUAACACUUGAAGAUGAAGCGGAGGAGGGUGGCAUGCUAACUGGAGGUGGGGGAGAUACGUUAGGACCUGGAAGCGCUUUGAAGCGUCGAAGAGAAAGACGUCGAGAACAAAUGGAAGAAGAUGACAGCAGUGAUCUGAGCGAUGAGAGCGAUGAUGAUACUGAUCAGAGAGCAGCCCAGCAAAUAAGAUUCGCGAAGAUGCCACUUAGGAGCCGCGCUGGAUCAUCGCCAAUUCAAUCGUCUAAUCUGCGACAAGCCACUACCAUGUCAUCUCCGCGUACCGCACCAGCACCGAGACGAGGGUCGCAACCUACGUUGGAGACCGUUAAGGAACGGCCACGAAGAGACACCGUCACUAGUAGUGAGGUCUCAUCCGACAACGAGUUCGAUGCUUCGGGUUUUCAUAAACAUCGAGAAGCUGCGAGAGCCAGAGCGGCACGGUCGCAUUCUAAAUCUUCCUUAGAACCUAACCAAGGAAUCAAACGCCAGGAAAGCGAGUUGUUGGCUGAGGAGGACGAGAACUCUGACGGAUCCGAUACUUCAUCGGCUUUCGUCGCAAGUGUUGAUUCGACUUCUAUCUUGGAUACGGUCGAGAACCCGGCGGUAGGCACUUCACCUGGUCAACAGGUCGUGGGAACCGUGCCGAAACAGCUGCUUCGACAAUCUACAGUAAGAAAACCGCCACCACCGCCUCAGUCACAGAUGCUUCAAGCCCUCCCACCUCCUCGACCUAUGAGCGCAGUUAGGCCCCUGAGCAUGCUUCAGCCUCGCAGUCUGUUAUCGGAAUCUCUCAAGGCGAAGAUGACUAAGCCAUCCAUGCCAUUCGAUACGUUUGCAACCCUAUCUGGUCAGGGCGACCCCGACCCCCUCCGAAUGCGAAUCUAUGCGCCGUUCUCCGAAGAUCCCGAAAAGCCUUUUGAGGUCCUCAUACGGCGGAAUAUACAAGAGGCGGACGGAACUUUCAGACCAGUGGCUGUCGCUGAGUUGAUUGGUCUGAGUCUAUGGAGAUACCAUGCCGAAAAGCUCCAGCCUCCGGUGCCAGCCGAUAAGUUGAACGUGAAUUGGUGGACGCUAAGGAUGGUCGAGGAAGGCGGCGAGGUGGACGAUGAUUUCGAACCAUUGGAUCGUAAGAAACCCGUCAAUUCAUUCACUACGGCGAACAACAGAGCAGCAAGAUCACGGUCUGCAUCGAAGGCCUACGACGAGUUUGCCUUAGUACAAGCUUCAGAGGCCGGGUUCAUAGACAACCAAACUCAAACUCCCCAGUAUGAGCAGCAAGAUGUAGUGGAAUCUGUAGCCGAUGAGGAAGCAACUCCAAGGAGCACUCCCUUGCCCCAAGCUUCUCCAUUGACAGCAUCACACGCGCGAUCGAAUCCGAUUAUCACUACAACUUACCGAGUGGACGCGCCCCUGGCCGAUAAACCCGAACGUAAGCUUGAGGCGCCAGCUGCAAGCAGAGGGCAACAUAAACUCCUACGAGUCCGCAUCAUGUCAUCUGAUAUCGCCCCUGGACAAAUGGUUACCCUUGAUGUCACAACCGAUAUGUAUUUGGCAGAGGUUCUUGAUCUCAUCUGCCGUAAGAGGCAGCUUGACAAGAACAUACAUGUCCUCAAACUCCCCGACUCUGGAGCUGUGGUCUACGAAGACCGUACAGUUUCGUCUAUUGGCAAUGCUAUGGACUUAGAACUCCAUCGUCGCCGAUUUGCAACAGAUGGCCUGACAAUGACAGGUUCUCCUAGCAGCCCCUCCCCCAAACCACAUAUAUGGAAUGAGGUUCCCCAGAAGGGGAAGAAGAAGCUUAUGACAACGCACCCUCUUGCCCAGGAAACCAUGAUGCAAGACGAGGCCGGUAGUGGUGAUGUGAAAUACAAGAAAUACACUGUCUGGCGUAAGCAACCGAUGAGAUUUGUCGGUAUGAAUGAGCGAAUACUCGUCAUCGAUGGUGAGUAUGUGUACAUUCAGCCAUCCUCUGGAGGCAAGGCAACGCGCGAAGGAGGCAAGACCACGACUGUUCAUUUCAGUAAUGUAGUCGGAUGCAGUGUUUCACGUCGCCACCCAACCAACUUCAAGCUUCUCGUAUAUAAAGCUACGGAGAGCAAGAGGUACGACUUCGAAGCUAGAAGCACUCAAGAAGCAAUAGAAAUCGUGCGUGAACUUAAGAAGGGAAUUUCACCUUACAACAGGGACAUAUAGGGAAUGCCCUUGAAGGGCACCCUUGGAACCGCCGUUAUCCAGAUUUAAAUCUGAGGACGUAACUCCGCUGGUGAGUUUCUGUCUACUGAGAGUGUGAUGAUCCAGGACGUGCCCAUCCGGUAGCUCGGAUGUCAGGUAUCUAACAGACCACACAAUGUGUACGGGGCCGUUUGUAAUUCUGCGAUGGGCCCGUGAAGUUUAGGGCUAGGUUAGUCUAACGUUGAACGGGCCGGGCAGAUGGCUUGCCAUACAAUACAGAACUCCCCAAAUGGACCAUGGAAUUUAAGUCUUCACUGCCUAGUGUGCAUAUAAUUGACCGUUAUAUAAGCGGUUCCAAAGACGAGUGCUCGAAUUAAAAGGGCGUUUUUGGACCGAAGCCACCGGGGCUU